AUGCCCGGAGGAUGCUCAAACAUAACUUUUAAGAACUCUUGGUACAUAAUUUCGGUGAAUGGAUGGUCAUGGCUCUUUAACAGAGAAACCUGCCAAAACCAAGGAGGGGACCUAGUAUCCAUUGAAACCGAAGAGGAAUGGAAGUUCAUUAAUGACGAGAUUCAAAGGCGAAAUACUAAGUACUAUAUAAGUACAUGGAGUAUUGGUUUAACAAAAAAAGCCGGGAAUUGGACCUGGGUGAGUGAAAGACCGCUGACUAUUUACAAAUGGGGAAAAGGGGAGCCAAGUGGUGAACACGAAAAGGCCAUCAUGUACAAGCGGUCCAGUAAUGGCAAACCGGGCGUGUUUGGUAGCACAGCUUGGGGGAACUGGCACGCUUAUAUUUGUGAGAUUUCCAAGG